GGGAGCAAGAACAAGGCCAUGGCCAUGUGGAGGACAGUCGGAGUGCUACUGCUAAUACUACACACUGUGUUUGGCCAGAACACCAUCAGGUGGUGCACCAUCUCUCAGAAUGAGCAGAGGAAAUGUCAGGCCAUGUCGCAGGCUUUCAGCACAGCUGCCAUCCGUCCCUCCAUCACCUGUGUCAACGCAGCCUCGGUGGAGGAGUGCGGUCAGAAACUGCACAGAAAGGAAGCUGAUGCCCUGUCUCUGUCUGCCAAAGACAUCUACAACCUGGGGAAGACCGUUUCCUUCAAGGUGGCUGCCAGUGAAUCACAGGCUGGCUCUGUCACCACCUAUUAUGCCGUUGCUGUGGUGAAAAAGGCAAACUCUGGCAUCCAUAUCAACAACUUGGAUGGAAAGAAGAGCUGUCACACCGGAAAAGGUCGAACUGCUGGUUGGAACAUGCCUAUAGGGUACUUCAUAGACAAAGGCUACAUGUCUGUGAUGGGCUGCAACUUCACACAGGGUGUUGCAGAUUUCUUCAGUGUGAGCUGUAUCCCUGGAGCUAACGAAAAUGGUGACCCUAAGUCUCUGUGUCAGCUGUGCAGAGGAGAUGGGAGCGGGCAGCACGUCUGUGAGAUGAGCAGCAAUGAGAUGUACUAUAGCUACGAAGGAGCUUUCAGGUGUUUGGUUGAUGAUGCUGGAGAUGUGGCUUUCAUCAAACACACGACUGUGGAGGAAAACACUGAUGGUCGUGGUCCAACCUGGGCACAAUCACUGAAGUCAUCGGACUAUGAAUUGCUGUGUCCUGAUAGCAGUCGCGCUCCUGUCUCUCAGUGGAGCAGGUGCCAUCUGGUCCGGGUCCCAUCUCGCGGUGUUGUGGUCAGAAAUGACAUCACUCCCUCGGUGGUGUUUGACAUCCUGAUGGAGGGCCUGGCAAAGUCAAACUUCCCCAUGUUUUCAUCUGCGGAUUAUGGAGGAGGAACUGUGCUUUUCUCGAAUUUCACCACCACAUUUCAGGCAGCUGACUCAGAUGAACCUAAGAAAUGGAUGGGUGAUCAGUACUAUAAUGCUCUGAAGGCCAUGGACUGUAAUCCCAAAGAAAUCCCAAAUGUCCUGCGGUGGUGCGUGUUGUCCAGCGGUGAGCAACAGAAGUGCGCUGACAUGGGCCUGAACUUCCAAAGUAAAGAUCUAACUCCAAAAAUCACCUGUACCUAUGGGGACUCAGUGACUGACUGCAUGAUGAAAAUCAAGAACAAUGAGGCCGAUGCCAUCACUCUGGAUGGAGGUUAUAUCUACACAGCGGGCAAAGACUAUGGCUUGAUCCCUGCUACUGGCGAGAGCUACACAGAUGACCGUGACGGUUCCAUCUACUACGCAGUUGCAGUCGUGAAAAAGAGUAGUGCUGACAUUCGUAACCUCGCCGACCUGCGCGGCCGUCGCUCCUGUCACACUGGAUAUGGCCGCACAGCUGGCUGGAACAUUCCCGUAGCAGUUCUGAUAGAGACAGGCCUGAUUAGCCCAAAACAGUGUCAGAUACCCCAAGCUGUUGGGGACUUCUUCGGCAAGAGCUGUGUGCCAGGUGCAAAUCAACCCGGUUUCCCCAGCAACCUGUGUGAACUCUGUGUGGGAGACGAGUCAGGAAAGAACAAAUGCGAGAAAGGAAAGGACCGUUAUGAUGGCUACGACGGUGCCUUAAGGUGUCUGGCAAAUGGAGACGGAGAUGUGGCUUUCAUCAAGCAUUCUACUGUCCUCCAAAACACUGAUGGUCUGCUUUCUACAGAUUUCCAGCUACUCUGUCCCUCUGGAGGUAAAGCCGAGGUAACGCAGUACAGAGACUGUAACCUGGGCAGAGUCCCUUCCCACGCCGUAAUGGUACGACCGGACAUGAACAUUCAUGCCAUCUAUGGACUUCUGGACCGUGCACAGAGAUAUUUUGGCAGUGACACAGCUCCUGUUUUCAGGCUGUUUGACUCGCAGGAGUACAAAGGCACAGAUCUUAUUUUUAAAGACUCCACCGUCCGCCUUGUGGGUGUAGCUGACAAAAAGACCUACCAGGAGUGGCUGGGCCAGGUCUACUUGGAUUCACUGGUCGACUUGGAGUGCAGCUCAUCGAGUGCAGUGGUGUCCUCUGUGUGGGUGCUGCUGAUGGCCUUGUUCAGCUUCAUGCUGACCAACUUCUGGAUGUAAAGACAGCAUGACACAGCCCCCCCCCCCUUCACACACACACACACACGCGCACACACACACACACACACCUUUUCCCCAUUUAUAGAUAAUAUGAAUGUCUAGGCUUUAACCCUCCUGACUGCUGUCCACUCAAACCACCCACCACAGCUUUACUCACUGCUCUGGGAGCUCUUUCCCUUCUGUUUCUGUGCAUUAUGUGUACCUGAUUGUAUGUUAAUUUAACACACAAGAGGACGGCAUGUUGGAACUGCCUUUAGAUUUGAGUGGUGCCAGUACUGAAGAAACUGCCUCUUACUUUUGUGGCAGAGAUAUGAGAAGGACAGCUUAGAUUUCCUGCCAUAGUGAUUAAAAUGGGGGAUGGUGUUGCUGCCACUUUGUUUACUAAAGGUGAGCUGCCAUAUCAGUGCAUGUGCUGCCAUCUGUUACUGUGGUGGUUGAUGCAACACUGUCUCUCCAAAGCUAGCUUUGCAGUCUGUUUCCAAAGGUUUCUUGUGAGUAUGAAAGCCACAUUGAUGCUUUGCUGCCACUCGCACUGUGAAUACUGCUAAUGAACACCGCCUUUCUCUUGCUCCAUGCUGUUUGCUACUGUAAGCUAAUGCCAUAUCAGUGAAUAUGCACUAGUGUGACCCCCACACGAAGCUGCGCUGGCAAUUGUGUAAUGAUGGAUGACUCAGUGUCCAUCCAUAGGCUGUCUGCUUCAUGUAUUCUCCUCAGAUAUUAGCAAUUUAAUAUGAUAAAUAGUGUGAUCAAGGCUGUAGCUAUACAGUGAAAUCUGCUUUCUCUUAUUAUUGAUCGUAAUCUUAUGCUUUUGAUUAGACACCAGUAUCAGCAGACAAUAAAUUCCCCACCCUGCAGCGCUUUUCUGCACAUUUUAGUUUAUAAAUAAAUGGAGUGAGUAGAGCUGGCACACUGUGUCAGGUUCCAUCAACUUUGGGAAGAACAUGAAGAAAACAUCGUGUGAUUCAUGCUGAAAUCAAAGAUGAGUGUUAGCUAAAGAAUUUUGAUUUGGGUCAUUUAAACUUUUUAAAACAUUUAAACUUUUUUAAUCAUUCAAGAAUCCGAUUUUGUGUCUUCUUACACAAACAACUCACUCCAGAAAUGCCUCUCUCUAACAUUGACUAACUGUUUUUGGUCAGAUCCACUGUACUUGUGCUUGAUGCUGUUUCCUGUUGUUAAAAUGUUGAUUGGAUGUGUAUUUUUCCUAUGUUCAGAGAUUUAUUUUUAUAUGAAGUUCAGGUGCCAUAUCAGUGUAUAUGUACUGACUCAUGUUGUCAGAAACCAAUGCCUUCUCUUCCUCAUGAUAAGACAGUUAUUUCUAUGUGAAAUGAUGGAACAUGUAACUAAUAUUUAGUUGCCAGGCCAGUGCGUCUGCACAAGUAUUGCUAC